GUCAAAUGUAACUUGUUAAAAGUGCCAAAAGAAAGAGACAAGUUAAUUCACUAAAAAUGUCAACGACGUACCUUAGCUCUCAAGCGCCCAACCAGAGCUACCUAUCGACGGCUACCUACGAGAAGACAGACCCCUCGGAGAUGGAGAGGCAAAUUCGCCUUCUGCUUUUCGGCUUGUGCGUAAUCAUCGCUGCUGCUACCCUUGUCGGAGGUGUGUAUUCGCUGCUCUCACUCCUCCGGUUGAGGAGAAAAAGCUCCUUGUGUCUUAUCGUGGCUUCUAUGUCAGUGGACGAUCUCCUCAGUGUGGUCCCUCUGUCCUUGUUCAUGCUCCUGCAGUGGGAGAGAGAUGGAGGUGGAUGGUCGGGCAACCUGUGCACUUUAUCUGGACUUCUGUACGUGUUCCAGGGUGUUUCAAGCAAUAUGAAGGCAUGCCUCAUAGUAGCUUACACUUUUUAUGUCACCAAGAGAUUUGGAGUACUCCAAUCUGUCCGCCGGCCACUAAGAAUGAUGUGGGCCAUUGCCGGUGUUUGGGCAGUGAGCCUCGCCGUUAGUGUGUUACCUUUGUGCGGAUGGGGAAGCGUUACGCCUGCCCCUCUCGGGUGUUUCCCAGAGAGCGACAGUUUUUACACCCUGAUGUUGUUCUCUUUAUAUUCCAUGUGUUUCUGCGGCAUGUUAUUUUUCUUUACCCCCCUCACCUAUCAGCUGCUGUGCUCUAGGGAGCCCCAGAGGACUUUACUGUACCCCAGCUAUUCGGAGAUGGCGAGGGGACUGAGUGGCUCUGCCCCCCUCUGUGACCUUCCUUCUUUUUCCCGGGACAGCCUAAACAAAAGUUUCGGGGCCUACAACGAGCUGAGCCCGAGUUCAUGCGGGACGAAGAUCGUGGAGAAAGAAGACAGUGGUUUGUCCCCAGUGUCUGUCAGCGGGCAGAGGACAGCUGCUAUCGGGGAUACACCAGUGGUGUUUGCACAAAAACGCUUCUCCAUGAUCCUUGCGGUUGUCCGAGUUAUUUUAUGGAUGCCAAUGAUGACGUUGGUGCUUGUGCGCCACGCAGUAAAUGCACGCAGCUCAUCCCUGGAGACGCUGAGCUUCUUUCUUACUCUGCUUGCCCCUGCGGUCACUCCAUUAUUCGUGCUGUCUGAGCGCUGGAUCCAUAUGCCAUGCGGCUGCUUCAUUAAUUGCAAACAGGAUCCAACGCAGGAACCCUCAGUGAUGAAAAGAAGAUUUGAGUUCAACCUUUCCAUCCAACAAGGCUAUGGAGUAUACAAGUUGUCACAUGCCACUAUGCCUCAUAACAGUCCACCUCUUGGGAAGCCUGACCUUCACAGCUUCUUUAACUGUGACUUCCCCAUUACCCGCCUUGAGACACUAGAAAGCGGCGGGCUCCUCAGCCUAGGUCCUGAUUUUGAUUUCAGCACCACAUUCCCUGUGGACAGGUCCUCUCAAGCAGACCUUCCAUUGGAAGCAGUGGCCAGUGGAGGAGCGGCGCUGACUGAUUGUCUUUCACUUCCUCGUGAACACCACGGAGAUGAAGGCGACCGCUGUGUCCCUUCACAUCACAAGGAGCAGGAUCACAAUCUCACCGAUACGUCAUUUGUGUUCGAGGGCCCAGAGAGGAGGCUGUCGCAUGAGGAGUGUCGGAAAAUCGAGCUGACAGACUGGGAGUGGUGCAGGAGUAAAUCAGAGAGAACACCAAGACAGCGGUCAUCAGGUGGUCUGUCAAUACCCCUGUGCGCCUUUCAGGGCACCGUAUCUCUGCAAGCCCCCACUGGGACCCUCUCUCUUUCCACCUAUGAAGUCUGCAGUGACGGACUCAAAAUCUCCCCCAACAAUGCCAAGAAGGUGGAGGUGUAUCGCUCCAAAUCAGUUGGCCACGAGCCCAGUGCAGACGAAUCAUCAUCAGGAGGCAAGGCUGGAGACGUGAAUGUCAGCAGUGUAGGGAUGGGCGUGGGGAUCGGACUGGGGAUGGGCAUCGGAUCUGGUGUGGGGGACACCAACGUGAAGAUCCACCUUGAGGUGCUAGAGAUCUGUGACAACGAGGAGGCCAUGGACAGUGUCUCCAUCAUCUCCAACAUCAGCCAGUCCUCCACCCACACCCGCUCGCCAUCACUGCGCUACUCACGAAGGGAAAACCGCUUUGUCUCCUGCGACCUUGGGGAGACGGCUUCCUACUCUCUGCUCAUCCCCAGCAGUGGCAACCUGGAGGCAGAAACCAUCAAUAUCAACAUACCUGACACUGUAGAGGCUCAUCGGCAGAACAGCCGGCGGCAAACACCGGAGAGCUCUGGGUAUCAUGAGGAGAUACAGCUGCUCAACGAGGCCUACAGGAAGCAAGAUGGGGAGAGGGAAGAGUGACAGAGAUAUCCAGAUAACAAGAAGUGUCUCUUAGGAACAGCUUGAAAGAGCCCCUCUGAUAGCAAAUGAAAGACACAUUUUCUAAUCAUUCCACAUUUAUGUAUGUUAUGUAUAGACCUGAGAGAGGUGACAAAAUGAGAGACUUUAUAAUUUUUCUCAUACAAAGGCUGCACAGUGUCAGGAGUUUCCCUUUCACACACUCAACAGGAUAUUGUCCAUAUCCGAAACAUUGCCACUAAAUGGAGUCCAUUAGUCUGGGUAGAGCCUGCAGGAGGCCAGACAAAUAACAGACAGAUUACACCUCGUUCACAUGGAUGGUUCGUAAUUUGACAGAAACUUCGUGCAUCAGUCCUUGCACACAGAAGUCCCUGAAUCUCAUUGUAUUUCCAGUUUCUCCAAUUUCAAGCCAGCCACCAUAGAAAUGCCAUGAACGCGCCGACUCGCUGUCCGUGAAUGGUACAACGAGCAGCUCUAUUAACACAUGGACUCAAAGCAGACAACACACAAGGUUUGCUCCUGGGAGCUGGCAGGUUAAAGUCUGUAAUGUGUGAUUCAAGCAAUCUGGCUUUUGUGUUCUCACAUACAGCUCCUCUGGGUAUGGUAUAGAUCAUUUCAGGGUUGCAGCGCAUGUGUGAAAGGGACUUUAGCUUAAGAGUUUUAUUACAGUCCGUUUGCUUACUCUUGUACUUCCGCUUUAGAUGAAAUCACAAGAGCUAAUGCAUCACCUGUCUGUGUGUAGAGUAAGUUAAAAACAGAUAAUUCUUCAAAGGAAGAUACAAAAAAAAGAAAAAGGUAGGAGAUAUCAACAGUAUUUCAGGUGAGCAUUUCUUGUGUCACCAUUUAGCAGCCUGCAUCUUACCGAAAAUGGAUACAGGGAGAGAGACAUUCACUAAGACGAUGCGGUGCCAGGCUGAAGUCACAAGUCUGAUAUGAAGCCACUCUUGCAGACUACGUCAUUGGUGAUUCAGCCAUGAGGGGAAGGGUCAUCUGACCCAUGUGUCUGACUCAUUUCAGUGUGUGUUGUUGUGCAUUGUUGUGUGUAGUAGCCUGGCCCAUAACAAUGAGGCUAUUAGAAUUAUGGUUUCAGAUGUCAUCUAAAAUUCACAUGUUUCUUUCUUGUAAAUGUUUUUAUCCUGCAUAAUUUUAUUGUAUCUGUGGUGUGUUUUCUUUUGAGUCCAGGUGAUAUGUCUGUGCAUUUAGAAAUAUGUUGCCAAUGAGAGGGACACUAUACAUCUUAAAAAUAUCAAAAAGGAUAGUACAGGCAAACGAUUAGAGUGAAAGUGCAAGCGAUUAUUGUAGAAGUAGUCAAGAGUGCUGUUUUCUGCCUCAUGCACAUUUAGUGAAAUCGAAAUAUGUCACAGUGUGUAUUUGUUAACAGUAUAGGCACUAGGCAGCAAAUGAAUGUACAUUUUAGAGCCACUUUGGGGGAUCAUUUCCCUAACUGCUCGGUUCACUGCCCAUCCAAUCAGUGAGAAAAAAUGGUCUAUCACUUUCUACAUGCAUACAUUCUGGACUAAAAUGUUAUAGAUAUUAUUAUAUAUUUCAGUACUGUUUUUGGUAGCCUGGAAUUGUACGGAGCCCUAGAGGACAUGGAGAAGAAGAAAAAAAUGUAUUUGAAAAAAAAGAAAAGAAAAUGUUUUGCGAGAUAUCGCAAAACUUUUCAUUUAGCUCAAUACGGUCAGUUCGGCAACACAGAAACCACAGAAACCACAACCAUCGGUUAAUCGAUUUUACUUUGAGCUUGGCCUUAAAUAUAAAGAUAUAACAUCAGUGCUUAAUAGGCACGGGUUUCACUUAAGUGAAGGACACCUCAAGAGAACACUCAGAGCGAGGGGACAUGCACGUUGCAAAGCAUGCUCUGAGCUGAGUAAUUGACAGAUUCGAAUUUCGCGGAUCAAUAACUCAUGAACAUAAUGUUCUCCAUGUCCCCUAGGGGGCUCCGUACUAUUCCGAGUGCUACCCGGCAAAAUGUAAAAAGAAAGUAAUGUACAGGCGUAUGAAUCAUAAUGAAUGUAACGUUUUAUUCAAUGUCAACCAUUUGAGAUGUUAAUGGUGCCAAAGGUUUUCAAUUGAGCAGCUUCAUCUCCACAGCCUAACCAAGAGGAAAUAAUUUGAUCAUCUGCUUAUUCUCACUUUCAAACAGGACAACAGUUCAGCUUCUGGUCAAGCAUUCUCAUAAAUCCUUGUGAUUAAUA